UUAGUAUACCAGUAGUAGCCGGUCCAGUAGUUGGACCUCUGGGCAGUGGAACCUCUACAUGUAGUAGCUACAGUGCUAGAGCGGUUCACUUGGAAGUCUAGACAAUUCUAUUCUGUUGCUGCUGUUGCUACUAGCUAGCUAGUACUACAAUGUGCUGGUUGUAGCUACUACCAGGUACCGGUAUUGUGCUGCUGGUGGUUGGCGCCAGCGGUACAGCCGCUUGAAUCACGGAGAAGUCUCGUGGGAAUGACUUUCACUGGUACUCUCCCAGGCGAUAUUGUCGCGCCGAAGCGCCAUUUUUGAAUUUGGACUUCUAAAAGGAGGGAGGAUGCCCGUCAAUCACAGAACGACUUGUCAGUUGCUCAUUUUUCUCUGCCUUCGGAUUCAUCUUCUUUCCGUUUUCCUCAUCUUAUCAGCUCUCCAUUCGUCCUCACCUUCGACGCUGGCUAUUACUUUCUCUUCUUCUUCGGCUGCUAGCUAUUAAUAGUUGGAAGAUAAUAGUAGCAGUGGCAAGAGCAACUUCUGCCAGUCGAAGAUGGAGUCAAUCAACGAGGCUCCGGUCACAGGCAUGGAAGAGUCGACCAGCUCGACGAGCCGUCUCUUAGAGAUGAUGACCAUCGAAGCGACCUAUGGUGAUCCAACUGAAAACUCCCUCAUGGAUACAUGUGCUGUCAGUGGAAGUCUCACGAUGAGCAACACUGCCGAAAUCAACACCACUGCUGCCACCGUGACAGGCGGCAACAAUGAUUCGAGAGAGCGCCAGAAUUUGGGUUCACGCGAAAACCUGAAAUUCAAGCCAGCCCUGCCGAUUCCACCAACCGGUAGCAACUUGAAAUCAAACACUAAUAACAUGACAAUGAUGAGGACGAGAAAUCAACCAUAUCAACACGUUAAGAAACAAUUCACUGCUCCUGAUAGUCUUCCACCUUCUUCUGAUUAUCGCAAGAAAGACAAUAUGCCAUCAUCAACUCCAUUCUUCACUCCAGCCAGAAAUGAUGAUACCUCUUCUCAUCAGCAUCAUUAUCAUCACGCCUCUCCAUUGGUGGUUUCUCCUUUGACCACCGACAAUGCUGGCCAUCCAUCUCCUUCUCCUCCUUCUGCAACUGAGAUGGCAGCAGAAUCUCCAACUUCAGUCAUGGGUAUGACGACUAUAUCAGGCAUUACUCCUAUUGAAAAAGAUGAUGAGGAUGAAGAGGAACAGGCUGUUAGUCCCAGCUCUUCUCAUAUCGAGAAUUUUAUGGAACAACAGCAUAGAAGGCACCAACUGCGGCAUCGGCUCCUUGAGACGAAUGGCGGGAGAAAAACCAAUGACAACCACAAUCAACAACUACUGGACAAUAUUAGCCAUCACAACGAUGUUGCACCCCAAGAUUUGCUGGGUCGAUUGCAAAAACAGUCUUCCUCUUCCAAUUUCAGUGGCAGCACUGGAAACUUUCCAAAACACAAUGAUAAUGAAGGUUUGAUAUCCAGACGCCUGCAAGAGAUUGAAAGCAAAAAGGUUGUGCUGCAUCAGAAACGCAUAUCCUUGGAGCAGCGACUCUAUGAAUUUGUAGACAGCGAAAAGCGAAUGCGAGUCAUGAUCUCCAGUCCAUCAGCGGCCAGUUUGAACAUGACUAGCACCAGCCACAGCCCGGGCAUCAAUGUUAGCACCUUGCGUUCUCCCAUCAUAAUCCCACAUAGCAACAGCCCACUGAAGCCAUUGCCACCGGUGUACAACAAUGGAGAUGAAAUGGUUCAGAGCUAUCCAUGGACAGAUCCGAGAACCAAGCAGGUAGCCUAUCGGUAUUCUGGUCCCCUCAACAAAAUGAAGCAACCCCAAGGAUGGGGGGCCAUGCAUUUCAUGGAUGGCCAAGUCUACGAAGGCCAAAUCUAUGCGGGAUACCGCUGGGGAAUGGGCACGAACCGGUGGCCCGAUGGCCAGGUCUACGUUGGCGAAUGGGAUGAUCACAGCCGCAAUGGACGAGGCACUCACACGUGGAGAGAUGGUAGGCGGGUCAAUGGUCAAUGGCUAGGAGGACACUUGAAUGGAAGGGUCAUCUUCUCAUGGCCCAAUGGAGCUUGCUUUGACGGUGAAUGUCGAAUGGGGAAGAAGCACGGAAGAGGCACACACACUUGGGCCGACGGAAAGCUCUACAAUGGAAACUUUGUCAACGGAAAGGAGGAAGGUUUUGGAAGCCUUACUCAAGGCGACUGGAAGUACAGAGGGCAAUUCAAGGCCGGCAAGCGAGAAGGAUAUGGCAUGCAGAUCUGGAGGAACAAAACCUACGAUGGCGAGUGGAAGAACAACAAGGCCCACGGUAAGGGUCGGAUUGUCUGGCAGAAUGGAUCCACUUACACUGGUGAAUUCAGAAAUGGAAAGUAUCACGGCUUGGGAGUGUACCUCUGGCCCAACGGCAAGAAAUACGUUGGAAGCUGGGAGGAUGGCUGCAAGCAUGGCCAAGGCAUCUACACUUGGCCCAGUAGCAAAAAAUACGAUGGUUCUUACGAGAAAGGAGUCAAGAGUGGCUACGGGAGGAUGACUUGGCCCGAUGGCAGGAUGUACUGUGGCUCUUGGAAGAAUGGCAAACGUGAAGGAAGAGGUAUCCAGACCAAAGCGGACGGGUCCAUGGAUCAUUGUGGUCUUUGGAAGAAUGACAGGCCCCAAAUCAAGAGUGAAGGAGGAUCACCUUCAAAUUCCAUUUGUGCCAACUCUUUCACUAGUGCUGCUGGUGUACUUUCUCUGUCUAACUCGGUGAAUCUUCGUCCUCAAUUUGGAGAGCAAAACACCAGCGAAGAAGACAUUGUCAUUAUGGAAGCCCAAACAGUGGCUGUGGCCGAUGAAUCUUUGCGGUCUCCAUCCAGUGGCGCUGUUCGACGAGGAUCUGCCGUCAUCAGAGAACCUCAGGAUUUGCCGGCUCACUCACGAUCCUUGGCCCGUUCUCCGCCCGACGUGAAGACAAUUCCUGCAACGCCGAGUAAGAUGGACGAUGUGUCAUCUAUUGGAAGUGGCAAUGAUGCCAGUCCUCCAGCAAAGUUCAUCGUGACACCAUGUGAACGAAUUAGUCUGUAAAGGGGAAUGCAAGAAUGCGGAGACAACCCAACACAACGUUUGCUGCUUUUGAAGCGGCUGCCAAUAGCCAAGACGAGAGGCUAUGGCUAUUCAGGGGAAGGGGUUAUUUCAUAUAUAACUUAUUAGAAGAAAAUAGUGUUGUC